CACAUCCCGGGGCCGCGGGACGCACGGGCAACACGCAGACAAGAGAGAGAGAGAGAAAGAGAGAGAGAGACACGCGGGGAGUUGGAGAGACACGCGGGCAGACACGCGCGGGCAGCCAGAGAGGCGUAGAGCGAACCCAGCAGUUUGAGACGCAGAGAGGCGAGCGGGCAGUCGACGGAGGGGCAGGCAGAAACGCGCAGACAUCGACGGAGAGGACCCGCAGACGGACAGACGGACGCACGGAUAGACAGAAAGACACAGACAGGGAAACCGACAAAGCAAACGAGGGCAUAGGCAACCAGCAGUAGAGACAGGCAACAAGCAGGGAGAAAGGGCGGGGGGGGGGACAUACCUACACAGACAGUCACAGGCAGUGGCGCACGCAAAUCAGCAAAACAUACAAACACACUGGCCAGCUGGCAGAGCAGCUAGUCAGCUGGCAGACUGGGUAGCUACCCGGAGAGACGGCAGACGAGCGAUCGAGAGUGAGCUGUCGAGAGAGACAGAGAGGCUGCUACUGGGCAAGAACUUUGAGGCGUGGUAGAUUGUGGCGCAGAAACACGCGCCGAUUGGAGCCACAGAGAGAGAGAGGGGAAAAAGGCGAUAGCCGAUAGAACUUAAAAAAAACACUAACGUAAUCAACUUCUCCGAGAUAUAUGAGAUAGUUUAACGAAUGCACGUAAAAAAGGCAGUCUAUAGACAUAUAUAGACUGUAUAUUAAUUGUUGUCCACACACGCUUGGGCAUAACUUGUGACAGGUGGGCAGGGAGGCAGAGAUCAGCUUCCACACGCGGGGCGCGGGAAGAGAUUAUAUCGCACCAAUAAAUUAUUGUAACAAUAGUAACACUGAACCCCCUCCCUCCAAAACAUCACAACGGUGCACCACCACCACUCCUAGCACCAGCAGCACCAUCACCACGAUCAUCAUCAAUUCGACCACCAGCAACAGCAGCGCGACCACCCAAGCAGCAUAAGUAACAGCAGCAGCAAAGGGCUGCUGCAGUAGCAGCAGCAGCAUGUCGCGACACUGUGGAGUACCGCUGAAGACGCUGCUGUUUCUCGCCACGCUGUGUCAGCUGAUGCUGGAGACGCCCGUUCGAGCCGGGAACUGUUGGCUGCAGCAGGGAGCCAACGGGCGCUGCCAGGGACUGCUGAUGAGCGCCGUGUCGCGCGAGGAAUGCUGCAGGGGGGGUCGCGCGGGCACCGCGUGGACCCGGCAGGACGUGUCGUCGGGCCUGCUCUUCAGAUGGCUCGUGUUCAGCAAGGGCGCGCCCGACUGCCAGCCCUGCAAGGAGACGUGCGACAGCGUCGAGUGCGGCCCGGGCAAGCAGUGCAAGCUGAGCCGGCGGAGCCGGCCACGCUGCGUGUGCGCGCCCCAGUGCCCGCGCGGUGCCACGGGCAGCACCAGCGGCGGCUCCAGCACCAGCCCCGCCGCUCCGCCGGCGGCCCCCAGGGGCCCCGUGUGUGGCUCGGACGGGCAGACGUACCGGCACGAGUGCGCGCUACUCCGAGCACGCUGCCGCCUUGGACAGACCACGCUGCACGUCCAGUACCAGGGCAAAUGCAGAAAGUCGUGCCGCGACGUGCAGUGCUCCGGCUCGGCGUCGUGCGUCCUCGACCAGAGCGGCGCUGCUCACUGCGUCGAGUGCGGCAGCCGCCCGUGCCGCGAGGCCAGCGGGCCCGACGCUGCGCUGUGCUCGCGCGACGGCCGCACCUACGCCAGCCUGUGCCACCUGCGGCGCGCCGCCUGCCUGCGGGGACGCGCCAUCGCCGUCGCGCACCCGGGCUCCUGCAACAGCAGGUAAACACGCGCUGGCAGGCGAGCCUCAUUGACGGCACGAGUCCUGGGCCAAGACGGCUUCACUCCAAACCAAUUUUAACCUCCCCCGCCCCCAUAACCCCAAACCCCCUCCCCCCUCACCCCGCACGCAAGCGACACGUUAUUAUUAUUAUGUAACAUAUAAAGGACUAACAUUGUUCGCGUCGUUUUUACCACGAAACCUCCAAACUCCAAAGCCAUCAUCCGAGUGUGGAUUCGCCCCCCGACUGACCCCGUGCGUUUAAGUGGCCUGGGCAGCAGCAGCGGCCACCACGACCACGACCACCACGACCACCACCACCACCACCACCGCGGCAGCCCUGCGCGUGCGCCGAUCGUUCCGUCAAAAAAUCUUCCGGCCGGUGCUCCAUAUUCCUCCCGGUUUCAUUGCUUACGCUGUAGCUCGCAGAGUCCGCUUGGAUCCCGAGGCACAUGGCGGGGCGGGGGGGGAGAGCCGAGACAGACGCAGAGGGACAGGUGGAGGAAGAGAAGAGAGGGGAAUGGAAAAAAAUCAGUGUUACACCAAAAUUCAAAGUCUGUAUUUAUUUCUUUAUAAUAAUUAAUGUACAUGUUUUGAUAACUUGCAGACGUGGCCAGUACGUUUCGUUUCUAGUGAAAGAAUCAUUAUUUAUAAUAGAGACUCCUUUUUUUUACCUUGUGUUUUUUUAAUUAUAAUUAUUAUGUUUGGAACUUUGGACAGACAGAAAGAAAAAAAAAGAACCUCGACUUUUUCAGAAAUGUUCGUCUUUAUUUAUUUAAGAGAGUACAAUUGUUUUUUUUCUUUGUUAAAUCGGUAUAUGUAUAUUUGUUAUGCUACCUCAUUGUUUAUAGUGAUAUACCUACAGGUAACUUGUGAGCCAUUUCGUAUCAUGGAGACCUGCCCGCCAAUCACCGGCCACCCUCGUCAUCAGGCUCGUUCACGAUGCAGAGAUUAUUCGGGUUAGCACCGAUUCCUAUGCUCACGGUCCAUUGAAUCGUGUCGCGCAAGAACCAAUUUAGUUACGGUUUCUGCAAAUGGAAUGGAAAAGAAAAAAUGUACGCUCACGCUACACGUAGACCAAUGCGGCAAUCUAAACAGUACAAACGAAACAGAGAUAGAGAGGAAUAAUAACCCCGAGAAACAAUACAAAUGGGAUGCUGAAAACAAGACAACAAAAACCCAACAGAAACAAUCUAUACACUCGUGAAUCCAAUCCAGACCCCACCCCCCUUCUCCCGAAUCAUGAUAUUUCAUCAAAUCGCUGGCACGGUGAAUCAUUGACAAGUCUACUCAUCGAAGCUCAGCUUCGCAGCGGAGAGCUGACUUGCGGCGGACGCACGAGACGGCCUCUCGUGAUCGUCCGUGGCCGCAACCAAAGGAGCUGCAGUAUCGAGUCUCGAAGUCGCCGGUUGAAGUCACACUAAACACAACAAAAUGUGUCGGUCGACUUGGAAUGGCGUGGAUGGUAAAAGUUGCCACACUUCUGGGAGACUCGACCGAGACACGUGGUGAGACCGGCAGGCCAUCUCGCUCCGUUAAAGCCCUCCCACUUUCACGCAGCCGUUCCCACUGAGUCACUAGCACAGUGUCCACACCACGCGACUUCUCUUGUAAUGACAUCGCCCCCCCCGCCCGCCUACUGUUUAUAGGCCAACGCCUAAUCAUCUGCCAACCAACACUCAGGUAGGUCCCCCCUCCUAUGUCCAUAGCACGUGUGGAGCGUGAUAUCAGAAAAUGCAAACUCGGGACAAAAAUCCCAAAUUUCACAAAUGCUUUGGGACACCAGGGCAGCCUUUCUGAAACUGGGACUGGCAAAAAAAAACCGCGACAUAUGGUAGCUUUGGCAGAUGGGAAUUGAUGAAUUGGUGAACACUGCAUCUCAAUGACCAAAUUUGCUCUGCACAGAACCUGGCCUCCCAAUUCUUGUUGUCUCAACCCAUAUACAACCAUCCUCAUCCCGUCUGAUAAUGAACCAUUAGUUCAUCCUAUAUAAAACGAAUUUCUAUGAUAGCAGACAAAAGCGUCAUCCCAUCGGGAAAGGAAUCCUCACUACAUUCCAUAGAUAAUCUUUACUAAUAAUUCGUAAUCAUUUAAAACCCUUUGCAAAUGCCUCUGGUGAACGAGGGCUUCGUAACAUUCUGAGAACAUAAACUUUUCCCCCAUAUAAUAAUAGCGAACCCCCUUCCCCCCCCCCCCCCCCGCCUCUUUUCAGCUGGUCCAAACGCCUUGAUGCAUCCACGAGAAUACAUUCAGUCGGCUGAAGAACUCACAUCCCAUCCUCAAGAGAGCUGUCGUCGAGUUAUUCUAUCCAAUACAGAACCCUAGUCUCAUGCGGUGAAUGUACACGUGAUAUAGAGCACGUGUAUCGUCUGAUGCAAACUCCUUAUCCUGUUCAAUGCAGAGUCCCAGUCGAAAACGGGCACAGAACUCUCAUUUCAUUCGCUGCGGAAUCUUUGAUCGAGAAGCUUUCAUCAUCAGCCUCACCCCAAGCUGUCAACUAUCUUCCCCACUUCCUUGCGAUGCAAAAAAAAAACCCAUCGAGCUCUUGCCCACGAGCCCAAUGUUGCAUCCAAUACAACCCCAUGCGUGUCAUCGCGUUGGGUAAAAGGGGCCUCUUAAUCUGAUAGAGACACUUCGCCGUGUCCAAUACAGCAUCCGCCCGUCCCAUCUGAUAUACAACAGACUCAUCUUGUUUAGGCGCCUUUGGCUCGUUGAGAGUCUGCCAAUUCCACUCAAUCGUACACGAGCGACA